GCCACACAGGGAAGCAGCGACAACGACGAGCAAAUUUGCAAAUAAACUGCAACGUAUGAAAAUGCAAUUAAGACACAACUGAAGUGUCAUUUCUUGUGGUACGCGAAAAAAACUGAAAGGUCAUAUCCUCAUCCGAUGGAAUGUUCACCAAAAAGGGGGACCAUUUCACGGACAGGGGAGAGGUUAAGCGGGAAUUUUUGCUAACGCUGCUGUUAACGCUGCUUUUCUGCAUACGAAGCACACAAGUGGGUCAUGAAAAGAUAAAUCCACCAGGCAGCUUCUCUGAGUUCUACUUCCGCUAGGCAACUUACCCACCGCGGUGCGACACCUCAUGUGCAUAUGCCACGCCACGCUGCUCACCCGAAGUAGUCAUCCCACUAGUGAUAUUAAAAAAAAAAGAAAAAGGGAGGAGGAACGAUUGGAGGGGGCAAACCUAGCAAAGGAACAAACACACAGUGACACAAAAGGGAGACCUCCCCCCGAGAAGAGCAAAAUGCAGAACGCAGCGUCGUCCAACUUGAACAUGGAAAAACGGUUUGACCAUUUGAAGACAUUCUCCAGCAAUAUCGCUGGGAUGGUCCACGAGUUGAAGGACUUGAUAAAAAUUCACGAAAUUUUAAUUUAUAAAGAAAAGCUCAGCAGCACCAAAAAGGAGCAGCUGCAGAAGCACCAGGAUGAUCUCGUGGCGCUCAAGAUGGACCUCCAAUCGAUCAAAAAGGAAAACGAAAAUAUGGAUGGACAGCUUAAGUACUACAAAAAGAUUGACGAGUCGAUUAACUACGAAAUUGUUAACAUGUCCGUGAACAUACAGAAAAUGAAACUUGACAUAAACGUGCAGGAGAAGAAAAAAAUCGAGAUAAAAAAGGAUAUCGACGAGAUGAAGAACGCAAACCGUCUGCUAAAAGGAUUGUGCAUUUAGGUGGGACGAGCCACUCUCCCGGGUUGAGGCGCUUACACAGGGGGGAGAGGUACCUGGUAAAGUAAAAGAGUCCUCAAAAAAAAAAAAAAAAAAAAGCUGCUAGCGAAGCGUUGUAACAUACCAAUAGGAUAGGACGUGUAAAAGGGCACGCCGAAGGUCCACUUCCAUUUUUUUCCUCAUUGUUUAUGGGUAUGUCCUCACCUUUCUGGGGCUACUUAUGCGUGUGCAUGUUUGUGCACAUGUGCAUACUCGUUUGUUUCGCUGGGGCUAGCGGAGGCGUUGAAAAAUUUCGCGCGUCCACAUCGCUGUAAAAGCGGCGACGUGGUUGCUUUUAAAGGAGUCGCGUUUGACAAAGUUGUUAUUAAAGCAGUUGUUUUAAAAGUAGCCGUUUUUACAGCAGCUAUUUUUAAAGUAGCUUUUUUUAAAGUUUUUUUUUUUAAUUUUUUUUUGAAUUUUUUGCGACGUUAACCAUUCACCACGUGGUGUGUGGACGGGUGGCCGGCCCGGUCGCUUAGCUUCUAC